AUGACUGGUGAUUCUUCCCUGCUCAGAAAGUUUGUAGAGAAAGCUGGCCCUAGCAUUACCUUUGGAGAUGAUAGGAAAGGGUAUACUAUGGGAUAUGGCUUGAUUGCAAAAGAGAAUGUCCUCAUUGAUGAAGUUGCUUUGGUGUCUGGUAUUAAGCACAACUUGCUUAGCAUCAGUCAAAUUUGUGACAAAGGAUACAAAAAUGCUGGAAUUAAUCCUGGAAUUAAUAUUCCAACUGAUGAGACCUUGGUGCAAGAAACAGCUGAUACUGGAAACUCAACUGAAGCAUCAGUUGAAACUACAUUGGAGGCUUCUGUUGAAACCCCUCAAGGAUCAAUAGUUAAAAGAAUGUCUCAAAAUUUCAAUCAAUCUAGAAAUAAUGAGAUGACAAAUUUAGGGGGAGCUUUCCAAUAUGGAAAUCAGAACUACAAUAGUGAAGCUACAUCAUCAAGACAAUCACUUCCACCUCAAAGAAAAUGGACAAGGGAUCAUCCUUUUGAAAGAAUGGAUGUUGAAGGAAAGAAAUGGUUGUCGUUUCCGAGGUAUAGUGAAAUAUAUAGGCAGGGGUUGUUAGAUUUUGUUAGCAAUGCAUUUGAAAAUCAUGCCAUAGGAAAUGAGUUGAAGUGCCCUUGUAGGAAAUGUAUUAAUCGAUUCUGGAGUGGUGCCACUGCUAUAUGUGACCAUCUCAUAUGCAAUGGACCUUCUCCACAGUGUGUUGAUUGGAUUUAUGAAGUCUCGAUGCUUAGGACAGACCGUGUUGUUGACGAAAUGGAGACUGAUCAUAUACGUAUGGGAUUAGGAGAUGAUUUUGAUGUAAUGAUACAUAAUACAUAUGGUAAUAAGACUAGUAUUGGUGAAGAUGGAAUUAGAAGGGGAUUAAAUGAUGAUGCAAAGAAAUUUUAUCGACUUGUAAAGGAGGGUGCACAACCUUUAUAUCCUAACUGUAAGAAAUUUACUCAAUUGAGUCUUAUAGUUAGGCUUUACCAAGUAAAGUGCAUUCAUGGAUUUAGUGAGGCGGUCUUUACUGCGUUACUUGAGUUGAUAAAGGAGGUUUUUCCCGAUGUAAAUCUACCAUCAUCUUUUAGUGUGGCAAAAGGUAUGAUUAAAGACUUAAGUCCUGGUUACCAAAAGAUACAUGCAUGUCCAAAUGACUGCAUGCUCUUUUGGGCUGAAAAUGAGAAGCUGGAUAAGUGCACAAAGUGUGGAACAUCAAGAUGGAAAUUAUAUGAACAGAAACUUAAUUCAAUUGAGAACAUGGAUAUGUUAAAAGAAUCUAAGAUCCCAGCAAAAGUGAUGAGAUAUUUUCCUUUAAAGCAAAGGCUGCAAAGAAUGUUCAUGAGCUCUGAUUUCUCUAACUCAAUGACAUGGCAUGCUUUAGCAAGGAAGAAGGAUGGAAAGUUAAGGCAUCCAGCUGAUGGUGAAGGUUGGAAGUCAAUGGAUGCCAAAUAUCCUGAGUUUGCUGCAGAAUUUCGAAAUGUAAGGUUGGGCUUAGCAUCGGAUGGAUUUAACCCUUAUCGAUCAAUGAACAUUUCUCAUAGCACCUGGCCAGUUGUCUUAGUAAAUUAUAACCUUCCACCCUGGUUAAUCAUGAAACCGGAAAAUAUUAUUCUUUCAACCUUAAUUCCUGGCCCUGUUGGAGUAGGUAAUGAAAUUGAUGUAUAUAUGCAGCCCUUACUUGCCGAGUUGAAAGAGUUAUGGGGUGUUGGUGUUGAGACUUAUGAUGCAAGGUCUGAUAGCACAUUUAAGCUACAUGCAAGUCUCCUUUGGACAAUAAGUAAUUUUCCCGGAUAUGCAAUUUUAUCAGGAUGGAGUACGAAAGGUAAGCUGGCGUGUCCUUCAUGCCACUAUGAGACCUCAUCAAAUUAUCUAAAACACAGUGGAAAGGUUGUCUAUUUGAACCACAAGAAAUUUCUUCCUCCUGACCACAAGUGGAGGUCUGAUAAGCGCAAAUUUAAUGGAAAAGUGGAGGUUCUAUCUGCUCCUGAAAUGUUAACAGGAAUGGAGGUAGAGGAGUUGUUGUGUGGUUAUGAGAAUGAUUUUGGGAAGAAACAGAAAAAGCAAAAGGGUUCUUCGUCAAACAGCCCUUGGAAGAAGAGAUCCAUUUUUUUUGAGCUACCAUAUUGGAGUAGUAAUAUGGUCAGGCAUAACCUUGAUGUUAUGCAUAUUGAGAAGAACCUUUGUGACAAAAUUUUGGGGACUUUAUUAAAUAUUGGGGGUAAAACAAAAGAUCACCUUAAUGCUCGUAUGGAUAUGGAAGAAAUGGGGAUUAGAAAGGUUCUCCAUCCGAUUAAAUGCGGUGAUAACAAAAAAUUUGAAAUAAGAGCAGCAACUUUUGAUAUGACAAAAAAAGAGAAAGAGAUUUUUUGUUCAGUCUUCAUGAAUGCGAAGUUUCCACAUGGAUCGGUUUCUAAUAUUAGUCGUUGUGUUCACAUGAAGGAGCGGAAGAUAGUAGGUUACAAGAGUCAUGAUGCACAUGUUAUGCUUCAAUAUUUAUUGCAAUUCGCUGUGGUUAAAACACUGAAACCUGAGGUAGCAAUACCUUUGAUGAGGUUAAGUGCAUUCUUAAGGGGUAUAUGUGGGAAGGUCAUCGAAUUAGAAGAUGUUGAAAAGAGCAAACCAGAAGGCUCUAUAGCAGAAGGCUCUAUAGCAGAUGAAUGUUUGACAUAUUGUGCCAGAUUUUUUAAUGAUGGAGGUGAAAAUAUAAAUGAUUCUCACGAUGGCAACAACGCUGCAGGGUAUCCUAUUGGAUCUGGUAAAAAUAAAGAUGGGAAAUCUAUACAUUUGGAAGGAAAGAUCUGGAUCAAGGCUCAUCGAUACAUAUUAUUCAAUUGUGAUAAUGUGGAUAUCGAGAUGCUAAAAGACGAACACCUUCAAUUGGUUCAAAAAGAUGCAAAGUCACAGAACUUUAAAGGGGAAAGGACGCAUACAAUUGAAUUUCACAAGUGGUUAAAAGAGGUAGUUCGAGAUAAAGAAAAUAUUUCAGUAGAAUUGUCAUGUUUGGCGAAAGGGCCUCUUAAUGCAACAAAGAGAUUUUCUGGUUAUGUGGUCAGUGGAUAUAGGUUUCACACCAAGCGUAGAGAUCGUAGGUGUACGACACAAAAUUCUGGUGUCUUCCUUACUGCCCUAACCACUAGUUUUGCUAGUGCAAAAGACCAAAACCCCAUAGUAGGAGAUGUAGGUUACUAUGGUGCAAUUGAGGACAUCAUUGAAGUCGACUACUGGGGAGAAUUAACUGUAGUUCUUUUUAAGUGUUGUUGGUACAAAAAAGAUCCUUUCGUUCUCGCUACACAAGUCCAACAGGUCUUCUAUAUAGAAGAUCCUACUGACAAAAACUUACAUUUUGUUAUCAAAAAAUCUCCAAAGGAUCAGUAUUCUGAAGUGGAAGAUGGGAUGGGUUCAGUUGAACAUGUUGCUGACAUAAGUUAUGAGUUGCGAGGACAAGUACAUGACGUUGAUCAUGUCAUUAGUUGGUACAGAGAUGACAUUCCGACAAAGCAAUUACAUGUUACACCUGAUGAUCCAGAGGAGAAUAAUGCUGAAAUUUUCUAA